AUGGCGGAUACUGUUGGAAAGGUGCGUACAACCAUUACCUGCAAGGCCGCCGUAGCGUGGGAGGCAGGCAAGGAGCUUUCUAUUGAGGAUGUUGAAGUUGCUCCUCCCAAGGCUCAUGAGGUCCGAAUCCAAAUCUACUACACUGGCGUUUACGCAUACACUCUCUCUGGAAAGGACCCCGAGGGAGCUUUCCCCAUCGUUUUGGGACACGAGGGUGCUGGUAUUGUCGAGUCUGUCGGCGAGGGUGUCACCAAUGUAAAGCCUGGUGACCAUGUGGUCGAAUGUAAAUUCUGCAAGUCCGGAAAGACCAAUCUUUGCGGCAAGAUCCGAGCAACCCAAGGCAAAGGAGUGAUGCCCGACGGCACCUCCCGAUUCAAGUGCAAGGGCAAGGAUCUGCUCCAUUUCAUGGGCACGUCGACUUUCUCUCAAUAUACCGUCGUUGCCGAUAUCUCGGUUGUCGCCGUCCAGCCCGAGGCUCCCAUGGACCGUACCUGUCUGCUCGGAUGUGGCAUCACCACCGGCUACGGUGCUGCCCGUGUCACUGCCAACGUUGAGGAGGGCUCCAACAUUGCCGUCUUCGGUGCCGGCUGUGUUGGUCUGUCGGUUGUACAGGGUGCCGUGGUCAACAAGGCCGGCAAGAUCAUUGUUGUUGAUGUGAACCCUUCAAAGGAGGAGUGGGCAAAGAAGUUCGGUGCCACCGACUUUGUCAACCCCAAUGACUUGAAGGGCCAGACCAUCGUUGAGAAGCUGGUUGAGAUGACGGAUGGUGGCUGCGACUACACUUUCGACUGCACGGGUAACGUCAGCGUCAUGAGAGCUGCUCUCGAGGCUUGCCACAAGGGUUGGGGCGAGAGCAUCAUCAUUGGUGUUGCCGCUGCUGGACAGGAGAUUGCUACCCGACGUAAGUUUGUGUCAUUCCAACUUGUUACCGGACGAGUAUGGAAGGGAUGUGCUUUUGGUGGCAUCAAAGGCCGCUCUCAACUCCCUGGCCUGGUCAGCGACUACAUGAGUGGUGCUCUGAAGGUGGAUGAAUUCAUCACCCACCGCAAGACGCUAAACGAGAUGAACUCUGCCUUUGAAUCCAUGAAGAGCGGAGACUGCAUCCGUGCUGUUGUCGACAUGAGAAAGUUGUAA